UGAACCCUACAAUCUCCCAACCUGCCUUUCCCAACCCCUUUCCAUAAAAACAUCUUAUAACAGAAGUAUCGUCUAUCAGAUUGUUUUGUCUUUAGUUUAGACAAAGCAACCAGGAAUGCCAAAGUGACAUGGUACUUUACAAAACGUUCAUGGUGUUUUGGUAGUCCUCAAUUCAGAGAUUUAGCAAGCAAUGCGAGGGACAUUACUUCUACUGUUCGCCCUCGUCGCCCAUGGAGGAUCAGUGUUUGGCGACAAUGUGGAGUCACAAGCCGAUGCCAUGGCUCGAGCGAUAGAAAGCGAAAGCAAACUAGUAGAAGCUCAGAGUGAUGCAAUGGUGGGAGCAAUCAAUGCAAAAGCAAGAACUGUGGAUAGCGCAGAAGCGGAGCAGAAGUUUGAACGGGCAAGUCAGAAAACAGAAAACGUAAUGGACAGCGCUGAGCAAGCAGUGGAGGAUAAAGCCAGCAAAGCCGAAGAGAAGCAAAACAGAGCAGAAGACAAGAUGGAAGCCUUGUCCAAGAAGGUUGAACGGAUUGCAAACACAGAUUCAAGUAAUAGCACCACUGCAAGAGAUUCAAGGCCGGUUAUACUUGGAUCAGGUAAGACAUCCGGACAAGCAAUCCAUGAUAACGCCCACUCCCGAGUGACGAUAUCUUACCAGACACACCUUAAACAACACGAGACGGACAACGACUGCGAAGACGCUACUGACAUUAACCUUGACGGUCCCUUGUCCAAUGAUUGCGAGGACAAGGGAUUUGAUGGUGCUUCUGACGAGUUAGCCCCGGAGGAGGGAAACGCGUUUGACAAACCAGGCGAAGAGUAUGAGAGUAAGAGAUCGAUAGAGAGCUCAGCCAAGCCUAGGCUGACCAUAUCGUAUCAUGUUCCCGCACCGAGGGAAAAAUCUGUUGGCGAGAUGAUAAAAGGCACGGAUGGUGAUGAUCCUAUGGACUACACGACGCCCAAACACAAGGGUGACGUUGAGCUCAAGGAAAAGAACGUUGACUUUGUGUUCAGUAGUAACGAGGAGCCUGGAGAUACGGAGUUCAUGGAUCAUACAGCUGAACAUCCAGGAGUUUCCCUGUUCGAAAAGCAACAUGGAGAUGAAAGUGUGGAUGUCAGCGAUAAACCAUUUUCCGACGACAUCAAACAUGUCGAUGAUGAGGCCAACAAGGAGGAUGAUAGUGCGGACCUCAACAAGGAACAGAAACACACAAGUAAACACAAGAAGAAGGAUAAGGCAGUUACACACAAACAUGAAGAGUCUGAUAAAGGUGAGCAGCAAGACAAUAUGGAUGAAUCUGACUAUAAGGCUGGAGAAUUAGCUAGCACGCUAAUGCAUCUAUUUGGGAGAAAGCACGCAAAACACGUGGCCACGGACAAACAGACGAGCCAUGAGGAAGAGCACAGCAAAGAGAAAUCUGUUAAUAUCAAUUUGAUGUUUGGAAACAGUGCCCCAUCCGAGCAUCAACAUGAUAAUGCACAUGACAAGGAGCAGGCCGACAGGCAGGGCAAGCCACAAUUCAGUGGGCAAGAUAAAUCUUCAGAACAACAUAAGAAUAGCACGACGCUCAAGAUUAAACUGGUAGUUUCCCCAGAGAUGGGCUCAAAGGCGGGACAACAAAGUCCAGCUCCUUAUAUGGAACGACAAGAUGAUGAGCAGAAACAAAGUGUCAAAGUGGAUACCGACAAAACGCUCAAGAUUAAACUACACAUCAACCCAGAAACAGGUGAGAUAGUACGUCACCAUCAUCGUCAUCAUCACCACAAAGAAGAAGCAGAGGAGCAAGGUCCAACAGGAAAGGUAUCAUCAGAGAUGAUGAGCAAGCCAGGAAGGAAGAAGUUUCCGAUGAUGCUCUUCCCGAUUAAAGACUUUUUACGUCCAGGUAAUGUCAAUCCUUCGAUGCAGCCAUUCGCCUUUAAUCCGCGCCCAACGCCAUCUAUGAUGGCACCAAACCCUUCGGGAUCUUCUUUUCUGGCAGACGCACCGCAUCAGAUUAGCGACAGAAAGACACCGAUGCAGAGCACUGACUAUGGAAUUGCCAACAACGUCUUUAUUGCGCCAUCGAAAAUCGGAAGACCUAAUCUCAAGGUGAUGAAUGAGUUGGAAGAGGACACUAUCUUAAGGAAGCUCGCUAAGCAGACAUCACGAGAACAAGCUUUCCAAGACCUCGCUACUAAGCUCAUGUCACACCAAAUAAACAGCAAGUUGGCGCAACUAAAACCAAAUGACAUACCGGACCCUAAAUGGCAAUAUUGGCCGUCUUUAUUUGACAAGAAUAUCGGACAAGUGGCCGGUUCACAACAGAUGAGCGUGCUACCGGAAGGAGCAGUCGAUUUGAUGCAAACAGAGUUCCCUGAAUACGCACAGAGGGAGGCGCAGGUCGAGAAGACACCAGAAGAAAUCAGCGUCUUUGGCGUCAAGAAGACUCAGGUUGCAAGGAAGAUAGAGAACGUAGGUAGGCAGAUGUUGGGAAAGAUAGGGAAAGAGGGCAACGCAAAGGUGAAAAAGAUAGGCAAAAACAUCGCUAAGAAGAAGUGGGACAAAGCGAACUUAGGCACGGAGAAUAAAGAAAAAGAAAAAGUUCGCCAGGAUUGGGGAAAGGCAAGAGUAGGAAAUAAUGAUAGAGAUUUGCACGGUAAAAGACAUGGACUGAGAGAAACAGGAAAUAGUAAGAAAAAUAUGGAUAAAAACAGUUCUGUAGACAAGAGGGGAAAAGCCCAAGUAAACAAGAAAAAGGCAGCAGAUAAAUCAAAAGCACUUGAGGAAUGGGGGAAGGCGAGUGUAGGAAAGCAAGCAAGGGUAAGUAGGAAAAAGGCAGCAGAUAAAUCAAAAGCACUAGAGGAAUGGGGGAAGGCGAGUGUAGGAAAGCAAGCAAGGGUAAGUAGGAAAAAGGAAGCAGAUAAAUCAAAAGCACUAGAGGAAUGGGGGGAGGCAAAAUUGGGAAAGAAAGGUAGGAGAAAUAGAAACCGGGACGCGUUAGGUAAAAAAAGAAGGGGGUAGAAAAUAAAGCAAAAAUGUGUAGGUUAGGAGUGGAAGGGGGGAAAGCGUGGUAAGGGGGAAAAGGGACGCAGAUGAUACAGGGUUAGGGAGAAUAUAUAGAAAAGUCAAGGGAAAUCACCUUAUUUAACGUGGACCAUCUAAACAAUGUAAAUAACGCUCAUAUUAAUAUAAACGAACCGCAAGAUGUACUAUUAUAAGUAAAUAAAACCAAGGACCAGCA